UACGCCUGGCCAACGCCUGCUUUCUCUGGAUUAUUGGGGUGUUGCUCACCCUCAUUCUUUGCCCGCGACUGAAGGGGGGGGGAGCGCAGGUGGAGGUUUGCGGACAGGAUGGCUCUGCGCUCUGUGCGCCUGUUGCUUCUGCUGUUCGUGGCAGUCGCCCUUCCGGAGAGCUGCUUCGGCUCCUCCUCGCACUCCCUCAAGUAUUUCUACACUGCCGUGUCAGAGCCCAGUCAGGGGCUGCCCCACUUUGUCACUGUGGGGUACGUGGACGAUCACGUCUUCGUUUACUAUGACAGCAACAGCAGGAAGAUGCGGCCUCGAGUCUCCUGGAUGGAGAAGGUGGGGAAGGAGCACCCCCAAUACUGGGACAGAAACACCCAGAAUGAACGUGCCAAUGAGGAGGUGUUCAGAGCAAGCCUGGAGACUCUGAGGACUCGCUACAAUCAGAGAGAAGGCCUCCACACCUGGCAGAUGAUGUGUGGCUGUGAGCUCCAGGGAGACGGGAGCAAACGAGGGUUUUGGCGCUAUGGAUAUGACGGGAGGACGUUCCUCACCUUUGACAAGGAGACCCUCACCUGGCUGGCUUCUGAGCCCCAGGCCGAGAUCACCAAGAGGGAAUGGGAAACUAUUCCAGGAUUCAGUCAGGGAAGGAAGGCCUACCUGGAGAAAAUCUGCAUUGAGUG